CCUUUCUCCUUCACCCACCUACUGUGCAAGCAACAAGGACACUCUGAAGACUCCAACUGAUGGGACUGGCCCAGAUUUCAAGGGUGAAAUCUGUGUACUAUGAACUGCAAUAUCCAGUGGGGAUUUAGGAUGUGUGCUUCCAUGGGCCUGCAGAGGUGAAACUGAGGGCAGGAGCUAGUCCAAAGAAGACAACUACAAAGGAAGUCUGAUGCAAUGUUGCCCACCUGCUCCAGGAAGAGAGAGUACGAACACAAUCCAGUGGAUGAUGCCUCUGCACCCGUACUGUGUUACAGAGGUGUGCUGACCACAGUGCUGGUGAAGUUCAGGCUAUGGUUCACUGAUUUCAGUGGAUCUACUCCUGAUUUACACUAGAAUAAGCAAGAUUGGAAUUUGGCCCAAUCUGUCUAAUGAUCACUAGAUGGCCGGUUGCAAGUAUCCCACCGUAAAGGGCUUCCCCAUGUAAUCUACUGCCGGCUGUGGCGUUGGCCAGACCUUCAUAGCCACCAUGAGCUGCGUGCCAUGGAGAUGUGCGAGUAUGCCUUUAACAUGAAGAAAGAUGAAGUCUGUGUCAACCCCUAUCACUACCAAAGAGUGGAGACUCCAGUUUUACCUCCAGUGCUGGUACCAAGGCACACAGAGAUUCCAGCAGAGUUCCCGCCAUUAGACGAUUAUAGUCAUUCCAUUCCAGAGAACACUAAUUUCCCGGCAGGUAUAGAGCCACAAAGCAACUACAUUCCAGAGACACCUCCUCCAGGUUACCUGAGUGAGGAUGGAGAAACCAGUGACCAUCAGAUGAACCACAGCAUGGAUGCAGGUUCUCCAAAUUUAUCUCCAAAUCCUAUGUCCCCAGCGCAUAAUAAUCUGGACCUGCAGCCCGUUACCUAUUGCGAGCCAGCUUUCUGGUGCUCUAUAUCCUACUAUGAACUCAACCAGCGAGUAGGGGAGACAUUCCAUGCUUCACAGCCUUCGAUGACCGUGGAUGGCUUCACCGAUCCCUCUAACUCGGAACGCUUCUGUCUUGGCUUAUUGUCUAAUGUGAACAGAAAUGCAGCAGUGGAGCUCACAAGACGACACAUUGGAAGAGGAGUAAGGCUGUACUACAUUGGAGGAGAGGUGUUUGCUGAGUGCCUUAGCGACAGUGCCAUUUUUGUCCAAUCUCCUAACUGUAACCAACGCUACGGCUGGCACCCUGCAACUGUUUGCAAGAUUCCACCAGGGUGUAACUUGAAGAUUUUUAACAACCAGGAAUUUGCAGCCCUUUUGGCUCAGUCUGUGAAUCAGGGUUUCGAGGCUGUGUAUCAGCUGACCAGAAUGUGCACAAUCCGAAUGAGCUUUGUCAAGGGCUGGGGAGCUGAAUACAGGCGGCAGACUGUGACCAGUACCCCCUGCUGGAUUGAACUGCAUCUUAAUGGCCCUUUGCAGUGGCUAGACAAGGUCCUUACACAAAUGGGUUCCCCAAGCAUUCGUUGUUCCAGUGUAUCUUAAGGAAACCUCUC